UAGAAAUUCAAUAUUCAUACAACCUUCGAAAUUACAACAAAAAUUAAUCUGAAAUAUUAGGUGGAAUUUAACAUCAAUGUGGUAAUAUCAAAUAAGUUAUGAGCUUAAUCUUAGGAAUUGGCUCAGGACUUUUUGCUGUUAUACUUAUUUGGAUUAUUGGCCUCGUUUUAGCCAUCGCUUUUUCGAGGGUCUCGAAUUUGAGAAAUGGAGUGCCGGGAAUUGCGUUGUUGAUUACCAUCAUCACUGUUGUAUUUAUUUUUUACCCCAGGGAAUCUAAAGAUGAUGCAGAAACUUCCUCAAAACAGCCCGUGGACAAUAUCUUCGUUCUGCGUAUAACAGUAUUCGUCGUAGCAUCUCUGUUUGUUUUUAUAUCCUUGGUAUUGAUGUUGCUAUUUCAUUGGAUGGAACCUCAGUAUGCCUCUCCCGUGCGUACAAGAAUGACUGAGAAAUUUUAAGGAAAAUGUCGAAAAUCUCUUCUUACUUUUUAUGAUGGUUUUAAAAUAAAACCAACGUGGAAGUAAGUGCCGUUUAAAGUGGAUAUUGGGUGCGAAUAUGUUUCCAGAAGAGAUGCUCAAAUGAAUUUUUAUUUGACCAUUUGCUGAUAAAGCGAAAUUUUCUCUCCUUGAAAUUCCUGGUGCAUGAUGGGCAUCAUUAUCAUGUUGAUCACGUUAUCAAAAAUUGAAUUUUGUCAGAAUGCAUUGAAAAACAUGUUUGCUCUUCACUUGUCACUGAUGAAGCUACUUGUAAGCUUUAUAUUUGCUGGAAAAUAUCUGCGAUAACUGAGGCAAUGGCUGUAAAGUAUAGGCAGCAGUUUCAGAAGUAUAUUUUUUCAAUAUUUACAUAUGCCAUAAAUUGCGCUGUCUGGCAUUCGGACAUUUUUCUGUCGACAAUUUUGUCUUUCAGAUUGAUUUAUAUAUUUUUGAAUGUUUGUGAUGUGAUAGUUCUUUGGAUUUAUGACCGUCAUUGCCAUAAGAUAACAAUGAAAAGCUCGCAGAACGUCAGUUGAACGUUAGCAAACAUUUUCAGCAUUCAAAAAGUGUUAGUAGGAAAUUACACUACUCAAAAUAAGUUUAUUGUUAACUACCAACAGGCCAUUAAAAAUGGUGUAAUAGUAUGAAAAAUGAUUAAAAAACAAUAACAAAGACACCACAAUAGGUGUAUAAAAAGUA